CACACUGUGGCCUGCUCGCGGGCGUACUCGUCAGCGUCUGAUGCAACUCACCGCGGGAGGAGCCGGAUUAAUCACCUCGCGCGAGCGCGCCUUGGACGACCAACCUGCCGACGCGCCCCGAAGCACCGAGAAUGAGAAUGCGCAUGCUGAAAAGACUGCUGGGUUGCGGAGGAAACGUGGAGUCGUCGGUGAUGCUGCCUUUAGCUGGCGUGCGGCACAGCGUCCACGCCCUCAACGACUACGCGCGAUCCCCUAAAAUAAGUAUACGGCGGACUUUUUGAAAUGUAUCACCUCCUUCACGCGGCCGCGGGAAGACAUCGAUGUCUUGGGCCAGGACUACGACUACGCCGGCAGACCAACCCAAAGCUCCAACCUCGAGCUGUUUUGCGAUCCCUACUUCCUCGAUCCCAUGCGCAUCACUCCCAUCCAAAUACCCGGAAGUGUAGGCACAGCAUACAUCUGUGGACCUCCUUCUUUCGACAAAGAUAUACGCUCCUUUCUAUUGCUAGCGAAGGUCCCCGAAUCUUCGAUUCGCAGCGAGUCCUUUUUGGCGUGCGAGUUCCUUCCCUGCGAGUAUCCGACGGCGUUCCGGAAAAAGCAGUCGUACAUUUCACCGAGUCCAAGAAAGAGAUUGUGUGGGAAGAGGGAACUCGUUCAAUCUUGGAGUUGGCGGAGAGCGCGGGGUUGAAGCCUGAGUUUGGAUGUCGGUUUGGGUCUUGCGGGGCCUGUGAGGUGAGGUUGAGGAAGGACAAAGAGUGUCAGGAGGGAGAUGAGAAGUCGGAUAAUAUGGUAAGGAUCUGCUCAGCAGUACCAACGAGUUCUGUCAUAGAGCUAGAGUUUUAAGCAUAUUACAAUGUAAAUUUCAUGUGUAACUAGAGUGUCGUGAAACUUUUGGAUAGCUACACAUGGCUUCGUAUUGGAUCGCUGCCCAUUGCACUCCG